UACAGCAGAGGAGAAGGAGGGGAGAACUAGGCUAGACGUGGAUCUGAUUCAGCUGCCCCAUGUGCUGGAGGGGAGGAAGAGGGAGAGACGGAGUGUGUGAGGUUGCAGAAGACACAUCAGGAAAGACAUAGGUAGAGAUGAGAAGUCCCCAGAUGGCUAUGGGAGAGAUAGGAACAUAGAGAUCAGGAAUCACAGGAGAAAACGUGGGGAGAGGAGGAGGACUGAGGAGAGCACAGUAUGAAUGGAAAUGACAGAGUAUUAGAAACAAGGUGAUUGGAUUGUGGAUAAUUUCAGCAGAAAGUGACUGUGGCUGUCAGCAUAAAACCACACAGUAUGGGGGGAGCAAGAGAUAUAGGGGAGGAAGGGGGAAGAGAAUGAGUAACAGGGGAGGAACAAAGAAAAGUGCAGUUGGGAUAAAGAAGAGACAGAAGAGAGGUGCAGAUAGCCAGAGAGAAAAGAUCCGUACAGUUCCCAGAAGCCUUCACUGUGCCUCCAUGACCAUCCGACCAGUGCUUUCCCUGUGGCUUCUCAUGGUCCUCACCACCUAUAUGGUGACAGGACACCCACAGUGUUUGGAUUACAAGCCCCCUUUCCAACCCUCAAAACCCCUGGCUUUCUGCUUAGCCUAUUCCUCCUUUGGAUGCUGUGACACAGCUCUUGACAGAAGCAUUGCCGACAGGUUCCGCUACAUCACGGAAUUCCUGGACCACACCGGGGUCAGUGUCUGUGGAGACUACAUACGGAACAUCCUGUGCCAGAAAUGUUCCCCUUAUGCUGCCCAUUUAUAUGAUGCAGAAGAUGCCAAUACUCCCCUCCGUGACCUUCCUGGUCUGUGCGGUAACUAUUGCACAGAAUUCUGGUUCCGAUGUCGCUCCACGCUCAGCUUGAUCAUCGAGGACAGGGACCUAUCAGAUAUAGAAGGCGACGUUGUCAAAUUCUGCCGCUUUCUGACAUUGGAUGAUGUCAAUUACUGUUACCCCAAUGUCCUCACAAAUGCUGAACUGAACAGUGGCCUUGGGAAUGUAAAGGAAGAUGAAGAAGGGUGUCUCCAGCUGUGCCUACAGGAAGUGGCCAAUGGACUGCGUAAUCCAUUAGCUAUGGUACAUGCCAACGAUGGAACUCAUCGCUUCUUUAUAGCCGAGCAGUUGGGCUAUGUAUGGGUCUAUCUUCCAAAUGGUUCACGGGUGGACAAACCAUUUCUUAAUGUCUCCAAAGCUGUACUUACGUCCCCCUGGGCCGGAGAUGAGAGGGGCUUUUUGGGCAUUGCAAUGCAUCCUGACUUCCGUCACAAUGGAAAAUUCUAUGUCUACUAUUCUAUCCAUGCAAAGAACGAGGAGAGGAUUCGAAUUUCCGAGUUUCAUUUGUCUACUGAAGACCGGAAUAUGGCGGAUCACAAAUCUGAACGAGUAAUCCUGGAGAUAACCGAGCCGGCAUCUAACCACAAUGGGGGCCAGGUCCUGUUUGGAACGGAUGGAUAUCUUUAUAUCUUCACUGGAGAUGGUGGACGAGCUGGAGAUCCAUUUGGAGAAUUUGGGAAUGCACAAAACAAGUCAUCUCUUCUGGGCAAAGUCCUGCGUAUAAACGUCACGGGCAAUGAUAAAGGACCACCCUACCGCAUACCAGCUGACAACCCCUUUCUGCGAGAACGCACAGCACGGCCGGAGGUGUUUGCCUAUGGCGCCAGGAAUAUGUGGCGAUGCUCCGUGGACAGGGGUGACCCAACCACCAGGAAAGGACGAGGACGCAUUAUAUGCGGGGAUGUUGGACAGAACAAGUUUGAAGAGGUGGAUCUUAUCCAGAAAGGGGGCAAUUAUGGCUGGAGGGCAAAGGAGGGGUUCUCCUGUUACGACAAGAAGCUGUGUAACAACGCAUCCCUUGAUGACAUCUUACCAAUAUUUGCCUAUCCUCACUCACUGGGAAAGUCAGUCACUGGGGGCUAUGUCUACCGCGGAUGUCAAAUGCCCAAUCUCAUGGGACGCUACAUCUUUGGGGACUUCAUGAGUGGGCGCCUUAUGUCGCUAAAACAGGACAAGGACGGACAACAAUGGCAUUACACAGAGAUCUGUAUGGGAGCGGCCCAAACCUGCAACUUUCCCAAACUAAUCAACAGCUACUACCCCUAUAUUAUAACAUUUGGAGAGGAUGAGGCAGGUGAACUGUAUUUCUUGUCCACGGGGACCCCGAGUGCAGCAGUGGCAGCUGGCGUCAUGUAUAAAAUAGUGGACCCAUCAAAGAGAGCUCCCCCAGGCAAAUGCCCCCUGAGCCCUCAACCUGUGCCUGUGAGAGGAAAACUGAUAGAUUUCUAUCCAAGGCAAAAACUCAUUCUAAAACCAGACGCUGCAACGACAGAACUUGCCCCGACCUCCACUUCUGUCAGAUUACAACAUACAACCAGAUUCAGCACAACAGUAGGACCACACUUCACGGCCUCAUCUCCUGCGAGUAGUACUUACAGGAGAAUGAGCACCCCUGCGUAUGUUACAGCAGCCCCGGUCCCCAAGCCAGCAACUCCCAGAAAAGGAGUAACAGUUAUUCCAAAGAUGGAGAAAAGUGUAACAAAUGCUAGGAAAGGAGGGAGGGUCACUGCCAUUCCGCGGCCGACAAGUCAUUGGAUUCCCACCAAGGGUUGGCAAAGUGAAUUAAAAGACGUUUUCACCACCAGAGGAAGAUCCCCAUCAAGAUAUACCCCCCACCUAAUGACGACAGCACAGACGCCCAGAAAAAAAACACAAGUUGUCAGAAAAGUUGGAGACAAGAAGGGUCAUGGGGUGAGACGAGGCAAGAAGAAGGUAGUGAAGAAGCAGAAGGUGAAGGUCAUCAAGAGAUUAAAACAUGGGACUGUACGUCUGGUUAAUGAGGACAAGCAGCCUGACCGCGGAAGGGUGGAGAUUUACAUCAACGGAGAGUGGGGGACAGUCUGCAAUGAUAGGUUUGACAGCAAGGCAGGUGCCGUGGUCUGUCAGCAAUUGGGGUACCCUUAUGUGCUGAAGGUAGCUAGAAAAACAGAGUUUGGGGAAGGCAAGGGGCUUAGAAUUUUGUUAGAUGAGAUAAAAUGUGAAGGGUGGGAGAAAACCCUUCUGGAAUGCAGAAGAUCAAAAAUUGGGGAACAUGACUGUAACCACGAAGAAGAUGUUGGGGUGGUGUGUGGUAUGGAGGAGAAGCAUUCAGAUAGCGACCUGUUAUUAUAGAAGGGGGCAGGUGAGUGGUUGUUUGGGAUGUCUUGAAAAUCUAGAAAGACUGCAAAAUGGGAGAAGGGUUUAAACAUUUUGGACAAGAGAACUAUUCCCAGGAGGCUACACAAAACCAUCUGUCCCAAGCUGGAGAACAUCAGUUCUUGGGCAACUCACAGAAUGAGAAUGAUUCAUUAUUCUUAUUGAACCACUGAUACUAGAGGCAGCAUGACGUUAUUGUAAGGUGCAUUCUUUACAUAAAGAUGGCACUGCUACUUCCUGCUGGAAAAGUGCUUAAAUGUCCUCAGGAGGGCGCCACAUGCAAAAGUAAUUUCUGGAUGCUGUACAUAGGAUACCUCCUGGAUGUAAUAUACACCCUUCAAUAAAGCAGCCGGUCUGCAGUUUUAUAUGGUGUCAAGGGCAA